AAUGUCCCGUGAUGCUGUGCGUCGGAGCGUCAGCAGCCUGCGACACCCCGGGCGGCGGUUUGUUUGUUGUUGUUGUUGUUGAUGACCGCGGAGCUCCUCCUCGCGUUAUUAUCACUUUUAAUCAAUUAAAAGUUAAUUAAUAUGAUUCACGAGCUGUUGCUGGCGUUGAGUGGAUACCCGGGGACCAUCUUCACAUGGAACAAACGGACAGGGCUGCAGGUGUCCCAGGACCUGCCCUUCCUUCACCCCAGUGAGACCAGUGUCCUCAACCGGCUGUCUAAACUGGGCUCCGAUUACAUCCGCUUUACAGAGUUCAUAGAACAACACACCGGCCAUGUGCACCAACAAGAACAUCACACGAACCAGCCCAGCCAGACGGGACUUCAUGGAAUUUACUUGCGGGCCUUCUGCACAGGUCUGGACUCUAUUCUGCAGCCGUACAGACAGGCCCUGCUGGACCUCGAACAAGAGUUCCUUGGAGAUCCACAUCUGACAAUAUCUCAUGUGAAUUAUAAGCUCGAUCAGUUCCAGUUGCUGUUUCCUUCUGUGAUGGUGGUGGUAGAGACGAUUAAAUCACAGAAGAUCCAUGGCUGUCAGAUCCUGGAGACGGUGUACAAGCACAGUUGUGGGGGGCUUCCUCCUGUACGCAUGGCCUUAGAGAAGAUUCUUGCUGUGUGCCACGGCGUGAUGUACAAGCAGCUAGCAGCUUGGAUGCUGCACGGACUGCUGCUGGACCAAAGUGAGGAGUUCUUCGUGAAGCAGGGGCCCAGUGCAGGAGGAGCUGCGGCCAACCAGGAGGAGGAUGAGGAGGACCUGGGGUUAGGAGGUUUGAGCGGGAAACAGCUCAGAGAACUCCAGGACCUGAGGCUCAUCGAGGAGGAGAACAUGUUGGCUCCGUCCCUGCAGCAGUUCUCCCUGCGAACCGAGAUGCUUCCCUCUUACAUUCCCAUCAGAGUGGCUGAGAAGAUCCUCUUUGUUGGAGAAUCUGUCCAGAUGUUUGAAAAUCACAACCACAGCCCAUCCAGAGCUGGCUCCAUCCUGAAGCACCAGGAGGACCUGUUUGCUGCAGACCUGCACAGACUCAAACAGCAACCUCUGUUCAGCCUGGUGGAUUUUGAAAAUUUGAUUGAUCGCAUCAGGAGCACAGUGGCAGAGCAUCUCUGGACGUUGAUGGUGGAGGAGUCAGAUCUGCUCGAACAGCUCAAGAUCAUUAAAGACUUUUAUUUACUGGGUCGUGGCGAGCUCUACCAGGUUUUUAUUGACCUUGCGCAGCACAUGCUCAAGACUCCUCCGACUGCUGUCACUGAGCACGAUGUAAAUGUGGCCUUUCAGCAGGCGGCUCAUAAGGUGCUGUUGGACGACGACAACCUCCUUCCUCUGCUGCACCUCACUGUAGACUACCAGGGCAAAGACGGCAAAGAGGCGACAGGCCCCAGAGAUGGAGCCACUCCUCCACAAGACACCUCCCCUCGUGAGGUCCCUCCCACGGGUUGGGCAGCUCUCGGUCUCACCUACAAGGUCCAGUGGCCGCUGCACAUCCUCUUCACUCCUGCUGUCUUAGAGAAGUACAACGUUGUGUUCAGGUACCUGCUGAGUGUGCGGCGGGUGCAGUCGCAGCUGCAGCACUGCUGGGCUCUACAGAUGCAGAGGAAACACCUCAAGUCCAGCCAGACCGACGCUGUCAAGUGGAGACUGCGCAACCACAUGGCGUUCUUGAUCGACAACCUGCAGUAUUACUUACAGGUGGAUGUGCUGGAGUCUCAGUUCUCUCAGCUGCUUCAGCAGAUCAACUCCACCAGAGACUUCGAGAGCAUCCGACUGGCCCACGACCACUUCCUCAGCAACCUGCUCGCCCAGUCCUUCAUCCUCCUGAAGCCGGUAUUUCACUGUCUGAACGAGAUCCUCGAGCUGUGCCACAACUUCUGCUCACUGGUGAGUCAGAGUGUGGUGUCGCUGGACGAGAGGGGAACUGCUCAGCUCGAUAUCCUGGUCAAGGGCUUCAGACGUCAGUCCUCCUUACUGUUUAAAAUCCUUUCGAGCGUGAGGAACCAUCAGAUAAACUCUGAUCUGGCUCAGCUGUUACUGCGACUGGACUACAACAAAUAUUACACGCAGGCUGGAGGCACGCUGGGCAGUGUUUAAGAAGAGUGCAAAGGAUUAAGAUUUGGAGACAUGUCCUCCUCUGCUAACCUCUCACACUGAACAGAAGAUCAUCAGUCCUGUCCUUUCCCUGUGGCAUGCCUGUUAAAAUGAUGUUUAAAGAGUUCGUUCACCCAAAUAACACAACCAUUUUCCUCACUUACCUCUAGUGGUAUCACGCCUGCAGGAUUGCUUGUGGCGCUUUCAGCAACUGACAGAUUUCAGUGGGACUAUUUCUCUGGUAGAAAGUAGUUCCAGUGAGAUUGUCAACAAUAACCAGACGAAGCUAAAGUGAAUCUUCCUGUAAAAAGCCUAGCUCGACUGAGCUUUACAAACAGAAUCAUGCUUAAGCAGCUUCAAAAUAAAGUAAAGAGACUAAUUUAAGCUUGGUUUAAGAGCUGUUUAUAUAUUUGAUUUAAAGGAGUAGUUCAACAUUUUGGGAAAUGUGCUUAUUUAAUACUGAGAAUAAGAUGUAAAGAUUGACUCCACUCAUCGUCUGUUAAAUAAGAAGCUACAGAGGUCAAAACUCCAGCAACUAAUGUCAACGCUUGAGACCAUCAUCAUCCCCAGCCAGGAGACUACUGGCUUAGCUUAGCAUAAACGCCUUUGGAUUUAGCCAGCCAGGCUAGCUGUAGCUACAUAUUUAGCAUAUAGACAUGAGAGGUGAACUAAUCUUCUCAGCUAACUCUGCAAAUAAGAAAAUUGACCAAGCUGCUGUAAAGAUUUUAAAUGAAUUCUCUUCCACUGUGAAGCUCUGGAAGCAGAAAUCUCAGACAGAUCUAAACGGCUUAGCAUUAUCUGCUAGAUGGAAGACCACUAGAACUGAGCGGGGAAUUUUUGGGUGAUCUGACUCUUUGGCUGUAGCGCACUGUUCUUGUAUAAACUGUAAAUAUUAAAAACCUUGCAUGUACCAUUUACUGUAGAGGAAAUAAACUUAAAUCAGUUAAAAUGAAACAA